AUGCCACCUAGGACGUAUAGACGGCGAACAGCUGCAGGCGAGGAUGACGGCCCCACCCCCACACAAACACAGCGCAGUCGGCAGCAGGUCGACACACCACCCGAAGACGUCGAGGAUGUCGACAUGGAAGACCACGAGGACACUGGCAGUGGGAGUCUGGAGCAGCUGUCAAAGGGCCUAGUGCGAUAUGCGCUGUCCUGCGAGUAUGCACGCAAACCGAUCAGACGUCAAGACGUCACUGAGAAGGUACUCGGCUCGCACACGCGACUGUUCAAGGAUGUGUUUGCGCGCGCGAACAGCGAGCUUCAAGACGUCUUUGGCAUGCAGAUGGUGGAGCUCUCAGUGGCAGAAAAGGUCACGAUGCGGCAGAAGCGCAAUGCGGCUGCCUCGCAAUCGCAGAGCAAGUCCACCAACCUGUGGGUGCUGCAGACGAUGCUGCCAGACGAGUAUCGAAUACCAGAAGUCAUGGGCCCUUCACGCGAGCUCCCAGAAAGCCAAAUCAACAAGGAAGACGCCUACGUCGGGCUGUACACCAUGGCCAUCACGCUCAUCAUGAUCAGCGGCGGCAAGAUGGCAGAGGGGAAGCUCGACCGUGCUCUCAGGCGCAUGAACGCCGACCAGACGACGCCGCUGGGCAGCAAGGACAAGACGCUGGCAGCUAUGAUCAAAGAUGGGUAUAUUGUUCGGAUCAAGGAGUCGACGUCAGGAGAGGAGACGAUCGACUACAUUGUCGGACCGCGCGGCAAGGUCGAGGUGGGGCGCGAGGGGGUUGCCAGACUGAUGCGGGCCAUGCACAGCGAGGGCGAGCAGAACGAGGAGCUCGAGGAGCAGAUCCAGCGCACGCUCGAUGCGGCGGAGCGGUUUAACGGCAGCGUGCCGACGGGCGAGGCGUCGCAGGCAGCAGGGCCAGGGCGCAAGCGUGGGCGAGGACAGGACGGCGACGACGACUAG